AUGGCAGGGAAGCCUCUAGAGACAGCUUGCACCCCUGUGGUGAGUGCACCGCUGCCAGAGGAAGAGAUGCCAGAAGGUGGCAGCCCCCCUGGCUUCCAGCAGAGACCUGUCAGCCUGGCUUUGCAGGAGGGGAGAAAUGCCACCUUUCGUGUUCAGGUUUGUGGGGACCCCAUCCCUGAAGUGCACUGGGAGAACAGCCAAGGCCAGCUCAGCAAUUCCAGCAAGUAUCAGGUCUUGGAGGAGCCCGGCGACCGGGAGCACACACUGCAGAUCCUCAAGUUGACGGGUGAGGACACGGAUGUGUACCGCUGCAAGGCCAUCAACAAGUGGGGUGAGGCCACGUGCUCCGCGAGGCUGACAGUCAUUGAAGUUGGCUUCCGGAAGAAUCGGAAGCGGCACAAGGAAGCCCAGGAAGAUCUCAGGAAGGAGCUGGUAGAUUUCCGGAAGGUGCUAAGAAAGAGGGCCCCAACUCCAGUGCCCGAGAAAAAGCUGGACUCGGAGCAGGUGUGGCAGCUGCUGACCACAGCCGACAGGAAGGACUAUGAGCAGAUCUGCCGGAAGUACGGCAUCGUGGACUUCCGGGGCCUCCUGCGCAAGCUGCAGCAGAUGCGCCAGGAACGUGAGGACCGGAUGGUGCAGUAUGUCAACAUUGUUUCCAACCUGAGGCACCUCAAGGUCAGCAAGGACGGAGUGGCCACUUUUUCCCUGGAGCUGGAUCUCAAGGAUCCCGAGAGCAAGGUUUACCUGUAUAAGGAUGGAGAGAUGGUUCCCUACGGCUUUGACAACCAAACCAAGCACUGCCUGCGUCGUCUGGGGAAGCGCUACCACUUCCAGAUCCGGGACCUGAAGCCCGAGGAUGCCGGCAUCUACCAGGUCAAAGUGGAGGACGCUGGGGUCUUCUCCACACAGCUGGAAGCUUCCGCCAUCCCCCCAAGAGUGGAGGUCCCGUUGGCUGAGGCCCGCUGCCCAGAGGAGGGUGAUGCCCACUUCCAAUGCUCCCUCUCCAGUCCUUACCCCGACGCUGUCUGGCACUUCCAGCACCGGCCACUGCGGCCCAGCAACAAGUACCAAGUGUCUGUGUCCCCCGACGGGCUGACCCACCAGCUGAUUGUGCGGGGCGCCCAUCCCUGCGACAUGGGUCUCUACUCACUGCUCGCUGGGCAGCAGUCCUCCAGUGCCUGGCUGGUGGUUGGGGGGGGGUGCCUUCUCCCCAAAGCUGGGAAGGGUGAAGGCCUUCUGACUACAGGUGUGGGCCACGAGCUGCUGGUGCAUGGAGUCCAAGACCCAGAAGCUGAAGAUUCCAGGCACAUGGGUGGCAAAGAGGGGGGACCCCAAGAGCAGCAUUUCUUGAGAGGCUCCCUUGAGGGGGUGGGGCAAGCUUCUGGGGUCCAGCCCUUGGUGAGCCCUGAUGUGGGUGAUCCUGGGGGCCCUACCUGUUCUCAUAGAGGAGGCAAGCUUGCCCAGGGCCUUCUGGAAGAAGAGGGGGAAAUCAAGGGGAACCCCAAGGAGAGCAGGGGGGCAGGAGGUCCUGGAGCAAGAGUUCUGGAUCCCCAGGCGGGUGUGAGCCCUGGAUCCUGGGGCACUGCUGGAGGGAGGGAAGCUGAGCUUGGGGGACCCCAGGGUUACUGGGGAACAUGGGGGUGUCAAGGACAGACUGCUGUGGGCAGGAGCCCUGAGGAGCCCAGGAGGGUCCUCCCUGAAAGUGAGGAGCAGAGGACCUCAGUGGAAGAGUUGCUGCAGAGGGCAGAUGUGGGAGACCUGGAGGUGUCUGAAAUUGGGGGGAGGGUCUACAGAGCCAGCGCGAUGGGCCUAGGAGAUCCAGGGGGCUGGGAAAGAAGUAAACAGGAUCUCCAAGGGAGGAGGACCCAGGAUGCAUUGCACACUGGAGAGAUUGUGGAGAGUUCCAGAAGCCUCAGGGGUUCCCAGGGCUGUGACAUUGGCCAGAUGGGAGCAGGGGACCUUGCCAGCCUGGAGCCUGAGGGUGUUUCCCACUGGCCUGGGUCUGGUGGAGGGGAAGAGUCUAAUGGAGAGGAAGGGGAUACAGAUUUUUUGGGGGGCUCUGGGGAAACAGGAUUGGGUAAGGGUGGACACAAGGGUGGCUUGGGGGGCCCUGAGGGAACAGGGUCGAGGGAUGGCAGAGGCCCCACAGAUUUUUGGGGGGGCUCUGGGGAAACAGGAUUGGGAACAGGGUUGGGGGGUGAAGCUGGCCCAAGGGAUGGUUUGGGAGGCCCUGAGGGAACAGGAUUUGGGGGUGAGAGAGGUCCCAGAGAUGGUUUAGGAGGCCCUGGGGGAACAGGAUUGGGGGAUAAAGCAGGUUUGGGAGCCCCUGAGGGAACAGGGUUGGGGGAUAAAGCAGGCCCAAGGGAUAGUUUGGGAGACCCUGGGGGAACAGGAUUGGGGGAUGUGGGAGGCCCCAAGGGGCCUCCCUUCUCCCAGGGCCUCCCUGCUCUGACGGUGGCACAGGACAAGGCUAUGGGUCUUCCCAAGUCUGUCCUCGAGCUGACUGAGAAGAGGCCUUCACGGGAGCCAACAACAACCUGGGCACUGCAGAUCCUGGCUUCAGAGCCUCUCACCCACAUGAGACCUUGGUCUAAAAGGGGCCCUGAAGGUGCCACCAGCUUUGGAGAGGACAGGCUUGGUACCCAGGAUAGAAUCACCUGGAAGCAAGAGGGCCAUGUGCGGGGCAACGGUGCAGGGAGACGCAGUUUUGCAGCCAGAGACCAGCAGAGCUCCACCUCUGUGGGCAGCGCAGCUGGCCCCAAGCGCCUUGUGAGCUCCUGCAGCCGAGACUCAAUGACUGUCAGCGCUGGGGACACGUGUGUGCCUGUCUUCUCUGAAGUGGCCCCAGUGACCCAGCUGAAGGAUGGCUUAUCCUUGUCUCGAAGAGUCACGGUCAGACCCUCGGGCAGUGCCCACUACCAUCUGCAGCUUAGCGGCCCACAGGGUUGGGAUGCUGCCUCACCCUCCCUUCUCAGGGCUGCAGCCUGUCCGCGGCCACCCGGACCCAUCCGCCUGCUGGAGAAGGUGGCAGGCACAGUUACUGCUGAGUGGACUCCCUCCCCAGAUGAGCUGGGGGAGCCCCAGCUGUACUACACUGUCUUUAUGCGCUCCUCAGCAAGUGGGCCCUGGCGCCAGGUGGCCGAUCGCAUCCACACUACCCGCUUCACCCUGCCAGGGGUGCGUCCUGGGCACCAGUACCACUUCCGGGUGGUGGCACAGAACGAUGUGGGAACCAGCCCACCCUCUGACACUUGUCAGCCCUGGUGCCUUCCCCGGCAGCAUCGAGAUAAGUUCACCGUGAAGGCACUCAGCUUCCGGGAGCUCGAUCGUGGCCAGAAGCCCAGGUUCCUGGUGGGGCUCCGGGCCCACCUGCUGCCCCGCGGCAGCCAGUGCUGCAUGAGCUGCGCGGUGCGUGGCUGGCCCCGGCCCCACGUCACCUGGUUCAGGAAUGGCCAGAGCCUGGUGGGAGACCCCACGGUGCACAGCACUGAUGUCCUGGGUGUGUGCUCACUCAUCCUGCCCUGUGUCGCCCCUGAAGAUGGCGGGGAGUACCGGGCAGUGGCCGAGAACGUGCUGGGCCAGGCUGUCAGCACUACGACCCUCAUCGUCAUAGGUCCUCCAGGGCCCCCAGGGGGCGUGGUGGUGAGGAACAUCGAAGACACCACUGUGCAGCUCAGCUGGAGCUUGGCUUCGACAACCAUAGCCCCAUUGCCAAGUACACGCUGCAAGCGCGCAGCCUUCCCGGGGGGGAAUUGGAAGCCUGUCCGCACUAGAAAUCCUGCCAACAUUGAGGGCAAUGCCAAGGCUGCCCAGGUGCUGGGCCUCACUCCCUGGAUGGACUAUGAGUUCUGGGUUUUAGCCAGCAACAUCCUGGGCACUGGGGAACCUAGUGGGCCUUCCAGCAAAAUCAGGACCAAGGAAGCAGGUGCAGCCAUUCCACCUUGCCCCAUCCCCCAGACAUGCCUGGAAGAGAAGAGGAAACUGAGCACCAGUGCUCAGCUGCUAUCACUGCCUAGCCUCUGCCUGGCCCCUCCGAUGAUGCCUGACCCCAAGCUAACAGUCGGCCCCAACUCCCCACACCUGGUAGUGGGUGUCAGGCAGCAGCAUGGCGUCUGCAAGAGAAGUGGAUGGAAACAGCACCUGCAGGCACUGUCUGAAGGGGCUUCGACACCCAGCCCCUCUCAGGCACCAUGA